AUGGAUGAACUAUUACGAAAAUUUUGGGAAGUUGAGGAGGUACCGAAGUCAGUGAAGAUUUUUUCUGAUGAGGAAGCGGAAACAGAAUUGCAUUAUCAGCGAAAUGUUUCCAGAUUGGAAAAUGGCCGAUACAUGGUACGACUACCAUUAAAGGAGAACAUCAAGAUAGGAGAAUCAAAAUCUUCUGCUACUAAGAGGUUGGUGUCCAUGGAGAGGAGAUUUAUGCAACGUCCGGAACUGGGAAAUGAAUACAAGAGAUUUAUGGAUGAAUUUAUUGCAUUAAGACAUAUGGAGGAACACAUUACUGAGGCCUGUGAAUAUUUCUUACCUCACCACGCUGUUUUGAAACCGGAAAGUUCGACAACUAAAUUACGUGUCGUGUUUGAUGGUUCUUGCAAAACAAAUACGGGUUGCUCCCUCAAUGAUAAGCUACUAACCGGACCCAUCAUACAGAAUGAUAUUUUCACUAUUAUUUUGAAUUUUCGCAAUUCCAAUAAUUUAUCUUCAGCUAUAACAUUGAAGGAAAACUUGACAACAGUUUUAUCUCAAGCUGGUUUUAAAUUGAGAAAGUGGUCGUCUAAUUCUAGAGAGUUCGUUGAGACAAUUGAUCCGGACGAUAGGGAAUUCAUAAAGGAGGCUACGAUAAAUAUAUCUGAUACAGUUAAGACACUUGGUCUUUCUUGGAAUACUUCUACCGAUUGUUUUAUAUUUUCCGUCAACUUGGAACCGCAAAAGGGAAAGAUUACCAAACGAGUUGCUCUAUCUAUAAUGGCUAGUAUUUUCGAUCCUAUUGGGUGGAUUGCACCGGUGAUAAUAUCGAUGAAGAUUUUUAUGCAAAGCCUUUGGUUACAUGGGGCUGAUUGGGAUCAGGAAUUAUCUGAAAACUUGCAAAGGAAAUGGAUGGAACUUUAUGAGGACUUAGGAAAUAUUUGUAACCUUCGAAUACCGCGCUGGAUGGGACUUGAUGUGAACAUGCAUGCUGAACUGCAUGGAUUUGCUGACUCAUCCGAAUCAGCUUAUGCUGCAGCGAUAUAUUUGCGAAUUGUUCGGCCUGAUAGAAGUGUAAUAACUAAUUUAGUUGCUUCGAAAACACGUGUUGCCCCAAUAAAACAGAUUUCAAUCCCGCGCCUGGAAUUAUGUGCAGCCCACUUAUUAGUGAAACUAAUGAAUAAGAUUCGGGAUUUCCUGAAAAUUGAUACAGAGGAUGUAUCGGAUUCAAUGAUCGUUUUAACAUGGUUAUCGGAUCAUCCGAGACGAUGGAAAAACUACUAUAAGGCAUAUGUUCAUUAUUGA